CUCCACCUCUCUCUGCCUACCCUCUACUCUCCAUCCAGCCCCCUUGCUUCGCCUCUCACUCCCUCCCCCCCCCUUCUUUUUUUUUUCUGCUUACAAGGAUACGCGGGAAUCGCAUGGCGAUGAGGAGAGGAGGUCAUGAUGGAGAGAUGCGGAGAGAAAGAAGCGGGGGAGAGAAGGAAGGGAGAACUGAGAGGAGCAUCUGAGAGUGUAACUGCCUGUUUGCUCACUCUUGUCUUCUUGCUCCCCCUCCUGUCCUUUCACUUCCACUCACAGCACAAACACUCAGACAACUAGGUAGGCACAGCACAGCGCAGAGCAGAGCUGUGAGGGAUGGAGAGCAAGGUUCCCACGUGAAGAAAAAAAAAAAGAGAGGCAUGAAUCCACGGGAGAAGAGGAGGUCGAGAUAGAAGAAGACACAACCGGAGAGGAGAAGAGGAGAGUUGAGGUGGACAGCAGGUGGACUCCAGAGAAGGAAGCAACGUGAAGCUCCCCAAAGCAGCGUUGACAGAGAGGAGCUAACACCAUCUUCAGCCAUGAGAGAAUGACGCAUUGGCAGGAGACCUGACAGAAGAAACACAGAAAGUGACAUUAAUGAAACAGACAGAGUGGAAUCUAACUGAAUAAGUUCCAAAAGGCACCUUGUUAUGGUAAGACCAUACCAAGACCAUCCCAUGCAUGGGCCACUGGAUCUCCUGAGGGAUCAGGGGACAAAGCUUGGGGACAAGAAGGGACUGCCAAGUAGACAAACCCAAGGAUGAACAGGCUGUAUUCCCUGACUCUCUGCCCAUUGGCAUUGCAAGCCUUGCUGGCCUGUUUGUGACACUUGCAUGAGAAACUUGGAAGAAAUGGGAAUAAAGACAAGGGUGCACAAAUUCAAAGGACAUACAAAAACAUGGACAUGUUUAAGAAAACUGGAUGCUGCUUUUCUCUAAUUUAUCUAUUUGUUUAUCUAUUUUCGUACAAGUAGAGAUUCACAGUUGCUAUAGACGUUAGCAUUAGUUAUAGUGAUCUGACACACCAUUUCUACUGUCUAUGAUGCUGCUUUCGCUUGACCUGUGGCUAUAGUAGUCCUUUUUAUUGAGGACAAUCUUUUUCUGUCAAAAAAUGUGAAUAAUAAGCUGAGCAAUUACUAUACCAAUGGACUAAACUUUGCAGAACUACGCUGAACUUUGGUUUGUUUUAUGAGGAAAAUGGGACUCAUUAAUGAAUCAUAUAGAUCUCACAUGAAUUUAACACUAUAAAAAGAUAGUAAUGAAAACUAAUUUUUCUUGUUGCCACAGAAACAAAAAGGCCUUUAAAAUGGCACACUGCCUGUGAAUGUUGGGGAACAAAGAGAGGCCAGAGAAAUGGUGAGCAAGGAGCCUGAUCACUUGCUCACGGGCCAAAGUAAUGGCAAGAGCACCUUGGCGGACAAGCUGCCAGGGACAAUGACUGUGCGCUCUGUUCUGCUCAAUCGAGACUCACCGGAUAUUGAAAGUCGACUCAAGCGACGUCGCAACCGCACUCAUCAGGUUCGCUUUAAAGACCUUGAGGAUGGCAGUAGCAGUAGUGGCAACAGUGCAACAGGAGAAAAUAACAGCCGUCAACGGCCUGCCAAAGACCGCGACAGCCCACAUCCUCUUCGCAAACACAACAGCAUGUCCUCCCAGCCAUGGAUAGACAGACAACACACUGAAGGCCUACUUGGUCAAACCUCUGUGGUGGGGGCUGUGCGUGGGGAUAUGGCCAGUACUAUAGAAAAGGUGGCUGCUUUUUUAGCACGGGCCCCACCUCAUCCAUUGACACCUGGUCCCACACGCAGAUGUUGGGCACCACCACAGUCUAACUCUUUAACUUUACCAAUGACACGGAGACCCAGUACAAGCACCAGCACAGCCAUUCAGACUUCACCCUGCCUCAAAAAACCUCAGUCUCUUUCAUCCUCCCAUGCACGUAGCCACAGCAUUGGGGAUUCAGUUGGUGUGGAUGGAGAUGAUGAGCAUGACUCUCAAGAUGAGUACCUUAGCCACAAUCAGGUGCUGCCUGGGUCCAAAGAUCAGAGCAGACCCCUGAGCUCUGGGGAUAAAACUGUGGUAGAACGAAGAUCUAAAGUAUUAAGGACAGAAAUUAAGUCAAGUGUUAUGGUAAAAACAUCAAGACACAGCUGUCCACCAUCGACUUUUCACAACAGCGAUCUAUGCCACUGUUCUUCUAUAUCUUGCCGAGAUGGUCCCAAGCGUCAGGGAAGUAGCACUCCUUCAGUGGUAAGGAGGAGAAAGCGCCUAAGCCGGACUACAAGUGAUCCUGGAAAGGAAGUGCACUUCUGCACUACUCCCACACAGACUGAAAGCCCCCCUCAAUCUCCACCUCCUUCAAAUACCAAACUCUGUACCACUGAAGUUCAAACUGAGAGUCCAUCAUCACCUACAAAUUUGAAGUAUUGCAUCACCCAAAGUCAAGCUGAACAGAAACAUCAGUCUCCAAAUUUGAGUGACGAACACUGCUCAACACAAAUUCAAACUACUAAGUCUUGUCCAACCCUACCUCAGAAUGUUGAGCAGUGCACCCCUCAAAAACACACAAACUCUCCAUGUCCCUCUUCCCCAAAUCAUAAACCUUGCACUACACGAUUGCCAACUUGUAGCUCCAUUGCCUCUUCACCUCUAGUUGCAUCACCUAGCUCACAUUCUGAUACCCCAAUAUCUGCUCCCUCAGCCCAAAGCCCUCCCAACACCAAAAUUUCUAGUGUGCCUUACUGUACUUCUCCUCCAAUGCCUGCAAAUGCACUAGUACAACCCCCUGAACAAUGCUCUAAGGCAGCUUCUACAUCUCCCACCAAGCCAGCAAGUGUCCCUCCUCCUCCACCGAACAUCCUACCUAUUCCGUCCACCACUACUUCUACACCUACUACUUCCCAAAGCCCUAUUCCUUAUUAUACUGUUUUGUCUCCACCAACACCACCCAGCAAAGCUGUUUGUUCUAGUCCUUCCUUUGCUGUCCCGCAGGCCUCCUCACAUAACUGCCCCUCCCCAAUACCAAGUCUAUUGUCAUCAUUUUCGUCAACCUGCUCCACCCCUACCCCAACUGUAAGCACCACUUUAACAUCCUGUGAACCUACCAAACAGCCCACUGCUGUCCCAAAUGUAAGACAUCAACAGCCAUCACCAGGUCCAACAAAUAAUGUACCUCCCACAAACCUAACGCCCUGUACAAUUGUGACUCAGACUGCCCUGUCUUGCACUUCAAUAUCAUAUUACACCAGCACACAUCCAGGUGCUCCCCACGCACCUCACAUUAAUCAAACAUCUCCUUCUUACACCACUGUUAUUCAAACUGUAUCUCACUGUAACAUACCAUAUCAAACAGUGCAAAAUAACACCCCUGCCAGCACAGGCAUAUCCCUAUAUUCAUCCCCUGUCCCCAGACUUGAAUCUUGCACUUCUCCACCUCCAAUUGUGAAAGCCUAUGUGUCCACUCUACAAAAUGCUCAAGCGUGUGGGACUCCAACUAAAGCUGUUCCUUUGUACUCUUCAACAUUUCGAGCUGCACCACCAUACACCCCUCCUUCUCAAGCCCCAUAUAAUGCUCAGGAUAAAAGGGGCAUUCGACUUCCACCUCCUCCACCACCACCUCCUCCCUACACACCACGGAAAAAGGGAAGUGAGCCAGUACUUGCCACAUCUCAAACACCCAUGCUCAGGACAGAGAGCAAGGCCAGUGAAAAAGGUGUGGAAAUGGAGGAGAAAAAGGAGGAUACAAAGGAUAUAAAAUGUAAAGACUCGCCCAAGCUCUGUGGGAGAGCCAGUUCUCUGAAGCACAGAGCUCAAACUCCGCCAGUUGCUGUGAUGAAGGGAGAGAGGCGCUCCUCUACCUCCUCCCCUGCCAAGGCCGGUUUUAAGCCCAGCUGUCUUAGCUCAGCCCAGGCUCAGCUUGGGGUGCUACACAAAAUGCUCUGCUCAGGAGCCAGCGUCAGGCCCAACACACCAAACAGCCAACGCUCUCUGCCUCCUAACCACCAGGGCUGCUCUGGUGUCGGGAGGGGUUGCUCUUCCUCUGGGGAACAGCCUGCAACUGGACCACUGAGUCCCACACAAGCUGACACUUUAAGACAGGUUCAAGAAAUUCUAGGAGGAUUGAUGUCUGGGGCCAGGUGCAAACUGGACCCAUCACGGGUGACAGAAAAGCUCCUGAGUCCCAAUGGACCACUGCAUGAUAUUCGGAGCCUGCAGAACCAGCUUCACAGUCUGGAAGGCGUCCUGGAGACAAGCCAGAACACCAUUAAGGUCCUGCUGGAUGUCAUUCAAGACCUUGAGAAAAAGGAAGCAGAGAGAGAUGGAAGACAUUCCUACAGAACGGGGCAGGACAUUGAGAACUGUGGGACCUGCAGGGACUGCGCCUGCAUCAUCUACAGGUCAACAGACAGGUCCUCGCAUUGCCAGACCUUUGCCCCUCUCCAUGCAUCUUGGAAUGUCGAGCACGACUUCCGUCUGCAAGAAGGGCAGGUGGUACGAACGUGGAAGGUGGGCGACCCUCCAGAGGGCUCCCCACAGACUCCCCCGCAGGCCACAACACCUCACCAACAAGACUCCCCGCAACUAGUGCGCCCCCCUGCCACCACCAAGAAGAACCGAAAGAAAUGCUUCUGGUUCCUUUGAGUAUCAGGGGAUGGAACAAAAGACAUUUUUAUUACUGUAAUGCACUGCACAUGCUUCUUUAAUAAUAAAAAAGGGAUAUUUGACUCGAGUGGGAAAUAAAAAAAGAAAAUCUAAAAAAAAAAAAAAAAAUUGCAGGAUUAAAAUGCGAACAAAUCACUACGGGAGAGAAGCGGUGACACAAGCCAGGUUUUAACCUGCUUCUGUUAAACGUGAUGGGGAACGAUUUAACUAGACUGCACAUGUUGUUUCUGUUGUUUUUAAUGCCUCUUCAGCACUUACAAAUUUGAUCCAGGUGCAGGACAGAAAGAAAUGCUGAAGUCAAGCAAAUGCAAAAGUUUAGUCUGCCAUAAUACUCAUAGUCAGGAAGCUAUUAGGAGACAUAAAGAGACUAUAUACUGUCCAAGUAUGGGGAAAAGGGGCAAUACAGCAGAUAAGAUAGACCAUAUUUAUUAAAGGUUAAAUUAAUUGAAUAUAUGAAGAAUGAGAAAAAGACAGAGAAUAAUCUUCUUUUAUGGACUAAUGAGGGUCAGAACACCAGCUUUUAUAUCAAGUGACAUUUAAAAAAAAUGUAUUAUGACCCAAUUUAAAACUUUUAUUAUACUGUAACUGAUUAAACUAUUACAUGUGACUACAUGUACAUGCAGUGCACACACAAAAAAUCCCACAUAUUUACAGAGAAAGUAUAUGUGAAUUGAUAAAAUGGUAAAUUGAGUUCUGUACACAUCAGAGCUGCUUGGAUGCUUUGUUUCAGAUAUGGAUUAAUGCUCUAUAAAAGUAUUUUACCACAA